AUGACUGAGUCCCGCGAAUCCCAGCUCUCACUUCUCCCCGAAGAGGAGGACCUGGUCACAGUACACCCAAACCGAUCGUGGAAUCCACUCGGCCGAAGAGGAUCCGCGAUUGAGCCCGAUUAUGCCUAUGCUCUAGAUCACUACAACUCCCGCGAAAGCGAAAGCUUAAGCUUCACCGAUGAAGUUCUUCGAGAUGUUGGACUGGGAAUCUCCAACGAUUCUGGCCAUACGUUUCCUCCCCGUGGAAAACGAGACUCUUACUUAUCCAGUGAAUCCAGUCAACCGAAUACACCGGGUUUCCUGAAAACCCCACUAGGUACACCCGGGUUCUCUGCGUCGAAACACCUACCCAACUGUCCCAGUCGCUCGACAGUUCUACAACGACGAUUCGGAUGGGUUCCUAUUUCCAUGUUCAUACUUGCAUUGUAUGCUACAAUAUGGUCAGGGAUUUAUCUAAUCGUCGCGUUUGUGAAGCCAAGAUGGACGACUGUUGGUACUGGGCUGUCAAUGAGUGCGUCUACGGCCAAUCUCCUCUGUGCAUUCUUUGCCAAAACGAUUGAAUUGGCAUAUGUUACGAUAUGUGUCGCGUUCAUUGGUCAAGUGCUCAGCCGGCGAGCAUUAACCAAGGAUUCUCGCGGCAUUACCAUUUCAGAUAUGAGUAUGCGCUCGUGGAUCAUGCAGCCGGGAUCGAUGUUUGUGCGGUGGGAAGCUGUGCGAUACUCUGCAAUGACCUUCCUGGGUCUCAUCGCGUUGACCUCAACCAUCGUCGCAAUGCUCUACACUACAGCUGCUGAGGCGCUAGUAUCACCAAAGCUCAAUCCAGGUCAAAAUAAGUCAACCAUCCUCUGGGGACAAGUCCAAGCGAGCUUUGCGAAUGAAUACUAUCUUAAAGACACAUGCCAAUCACCCAUUCCAGGAGCAAUGGACCCAUCCAAUAGAAAUAAUACAUGCCUUUCGAUCGAGCAUGCUGGCGCAGCUUAUCACAACUACCAACAAUGGAUCCAAUCAUGGACUACGCUACUUACCAGUGGGAACGACACCUCAAACAAGCUGGCCAACCGACCAAAGCCGACGGGCUCAAUGUGGGAUAAUACAACCAUCACAGGAACAUGGAUCGAGUUGCAGAACAUCACCGAACUAUCCAAAGUGUGGGGUCGUAUGGUAAACAAUAUCACGAUGGCUUUCCCUCACACCGGUAUUCCCGCCGCGGCAAUGGAUGAAAAGAACGGCAUAUGUCAACCCCAGCCAACAUCCGGUGAAGGCAAAUACAGCAUCGAAGCCUCCGUCCCCUCGCCGGCCAUAAACGUACUGUGUGCCGGCAUGAACAAAUCCGAGCUAGCACCAAUGGUAUACACCACCUGGCCAGAUGGUAGUGCCAACUUCAACUCGACAACAUGGAGUAAUAGUGCAGGACCCGGCAUCCCGCUGUUCCCAGACUGGCUAAACAGCACGGUUGUGGACUCACUUUUCGGCUUUGGUCCCAAAUACGGUCAACGGCCACCAGUCUUUGGCACGUACCCGGAAGAAUACAACACAAUAAUCAACGUAACCGGUUAUUUGACCGCAAACGCGGUCUACCUUCUCGGAAAGCCCGAAGCCUCAAAUCCAGAGUAUGUCAUGUGCGCGAUCCGCGCAAAAUUAACAGGUGUAUGCUCCACAUCCUACGACGCAGAAUCCAGCGGUGCAUCACUUUACACAAAUUGUGAAGAUAGUUCCAACAAACUGCAGUAUGACAAGCAAGUUUCAAACUUCGUUGAAGGGGACUGGUCUUCCGAUUGGAAGAAUGUCGCAAACGACUGGGCGACCGCGCUCAAUCUUGGAUCGGGAAUUACGGAUUCAGACGCAUCUAACGAGCGAUUAAUCAUGCAAAUGAUGCCAUCGUACGAUAGCUCAACAAAUACAUACACACUGAAUCCAGAUCUACCAUCUAUCAGUGAAGCAUUAGCGGUUAUGUCGGGUUGCACAGCUAUUCUGGGCACGCAGCACACUCCCUUCGUUCAAGGAUGGAACUACACGGUCGCAGAAAAUAUUCUGCCUGAGCCGGUAUACCAGCACUUUACGGCGAAGCUACAGGUGGCUGCAUAUCAAUCCGGUGGAACGGAGGGAUGGCAAAACGUUUUCUUCGUGGUCCUUGUAUUUGCGUUCAUGACUAGUGCUGGUUGCUUGGUUUUCAUGAUCAUUGAGGCACGCGGACACCAGGUUACGGACUUUACGGAGCCACAGAACCUUUUUGCGCUCGCGGUUAAUAGUCCGCAGAGUUCAAGACUUAGAGGCGCUUGUGGAUGUGGUCCUGAGGGGAAUGAGAUGAAUGAGAGAUGGUUCAUUGGGAUGGAAGAGACUGAUGAGCAUUACUAUAUUCGUGCGAAGGCGGAUGGAACUGAAUCCUCAGGGUAUGCCAGAGUUGUUACUAUUGAUGAAGACCUUGAGGACGGAAUUAAGCCUGUGAGUCCGGCUGUUAAUGAGUUUAGGAGACUUUCGAAGCGUGGAUCAUGGUUGGGGAAGUUUUAUUGA